AUGUCAGAUGAUAAGGAUAUGGAAUGGGACGACAUUCUCAAGGGCAUUGAUGCUACCAAAGCAGAAGCCGACGAUAUCAUCGCCACGUUGGAGUCUGAUCGCAGCACCAUCGGCCAGACCAUCGAGGAGUGGUUGGCCAGUCCCUGUCCCCGCACUCAGGAGAAGGGUCUCAUGCUGUGUGUGCGUGCUCUGUUAGAACGAGAAAGUACUUCGUCACCGAGCUUCCUCCAGAAGAUUUAUGAUUCCCGCUUGGCUGAACGUAUAGUCCUCUUGGGCCUUGAUUGCGCCGAAUACCGUUGGCUCGCCGGUUUUCUCCUGCGUACUGAGGAUGAGCAUCCUGUCAAAAGGGCUGCUGCUGCUGCCACCGGGGGUUUAUCCCAAAAAGACCUGCAAGCUUUGAGAACCGCGCUAGCGGAGAUGGAAGGAGCCCCUGCCAUGGUCCACUUCGGCGACCCAAAACGUGUUGGCUCAUUGCGUCGUGCAGUGUCCCCCAGAGAAGGCGUGAAAGCCCUUGCUCGGG